AAAAAAAAAAUGAAAUACUAUUUUUUAGUACUAAUUACUUUGAUAGCGCUAUUUGCGCUAUCAUUGAUUGAGGCUGCCGUAAUUGCGAUUGAUUACGGAACUGAUUGGUUUAAGGUUGCACUCGUAAAGCCGGGAAUACCUCUUGAUAUAGUGUUGAAUAGGGAUUCUAAGCGCAAAACCCAAUCAGCUUUGACAAUACGUGGUGAAGAAAGAAUUUAUGGUUCAGAUGCCGUUAAUCUUGGUGCACGGUUUCCACUUAAUACUUAUUUUAGUAUCAAAAAAGUUCUUGGUCGGUUGGUUGAUGAUCAAUCCAUAAAAGAUUAUCAGUCAGUUUUUCCAAAUAAAAUAAUACCGGAUCCAAUUCGAGGAACGGUCGUUUUUCAACAUAAUGAAACUACUACUUUCACGGCAGAAGAAAUUCUUGCAAUGCAAUUUUCUCAUGCCAAAGAACAGGCCGAAGCAGCUGCACAAGAAGCAAUUAAAGAUGUUGUAAUCACGGUGCCUUCAUAUUAUAACCAAUUUGAAAGGCAAGCAAUUUUAGAUGCAGCUGAACUUGCCGGCCUUCAUGUUCUUUCUUUGAUUAAUGAUGUUACGGCAGUUGGAUUGAAUUAUGCGAUCUCUCAUCAUAAUUCGUUCACGGAGGAACCACAAUAUCACGUGUUUUAUGAUAUGGGUGCUGGAAGUACUAAGGCGUGCUUGAUAAGUUUCAAAACAUCCAAUGUAAAUGACGUAGGACGCUUCAACAAAACAAUUAUCAACCUUGAUGUGUUAUCAGUCGGUUAUGACCGAUCUCUUGGCGGUCAGGAAUUUGAUAUUCGCCUCCAAAGACAUUUUGCGGAAGAAUUUAACAAAAAAUUUAGUGGGAAAUUGAAAUCAUCUAUUUUCACAUCGGAACGUGCUAUGACAAGACUUUAUAAGGAAGCAAAUAGAAUAAAACAAAUCCUUAGUGCCAACACAGAUGCUAUAGCUUCGUUAGAGAAUUUACACGAAGAGCAUGACUUCCGUCUACCUAUAACGAGACGUGAUCUCGAAAAUAUGACAGCUGAUCUUAGAAAACGCGUCGGUGGACCUAUUAAAGCGGCCUUGGAUAAUGCUAAGUUGACCUUAGCUAGCAUUAAGUCUUGCGUAUUGGUCGGUGGUGGAGUUCGUGUUCCAUCAAUUCAAGCUAAACUUAAGGAAAUUGUUGGAGAGGAUAAGAUUGCUCAGAACGUGAAUGGUGAUGAAGCUGCUGUGCUUGGUGCCGCCUUUAGAGGAGCUGGAUUAAGUCGUCAAUUUAAAGUAAAGGAAAUCAAAGUUAAAGAUAUUACUCCUUAUCCCAUCGAAGUUAAUCAUUCCUCAGAGCCAAAAGAGUCCGAAGAUGGUAUUUCAAAAUCUAAAGAAUACCAUACGGUAUUGUUUAAUCAAUUUACUGCGGUUGGAACGCGUAAAAUAAUGAGUUUCCCACGUACGAGUGAUUUCAAUUUUUUGCUAAAUUACGCUAUUCCAGAUGAGGUCACGAAAGAUUUUGGGCCCACAAAUAUUGCAAUUACAAAAAUUACUGGAUUAACUGCUGCCAUUAAGCAAUUUAAUGAUGUUGGUGUAGAACGCCCUAAAGUUAAAGUUACUCUGCAAUUAUCUGAAUCUGGUAUAGUUUCUGCUACAGAAGCAAUAGCGACUAUAGAACAUCAAUCUUUCACAGAUAAGUUCAAAUCAUUUUUUGGUGUUAAUGGAAACAAGUCAGAAGAGUCAAUUAAAGAAGUCCCAUUGCCAGAUGAAACAACAAGUUCUUCCGUGAACGCAUCGGAACCUACACUGGAAACAAAUAAAACUCAGGCAAAUGAUACCGAGCCUACACAAAAACAAACUAAAAUAGAAACGAUAAAUCUGAAUCUUGAAGUAGAAUACGUUGGCAUUAAGCCUUUGGGCAAAAAUGAAAAGGAUGAAUCAAUUAAAAGACUACGUGCAAUGGAUAAUUCUGAUCUCCAACGACGAACUCGCGAAGAAGCGAGAAAUAACUUAGAAUCUUUUGUUUAUCGCGUACGAGAUUUCCUUCAAAAUGAAGUAGUAUUACAAGUUAGUACGGAAAGUCAACGCGCUGAGUUAUCGUCAAAGUUAUCUGAAACAUCUGACUGGUUAUAUGAAGAAGGCGAAGAAGCUCAAACUGUAGAAUUUAAAACACGUCUCAAUAACCUUAAAUUACUUGAGCAACCUAUCGCAUAUAGACGGGAAGAACGCAUAAAACUUCCGAAUGCAAUUUUUAAAAUCAAAGCUGUUAUCAAUAGCACUCGUGAUUUUGUUGAUGAGAUUAAAACCAACACUACAGCCGAAAAUCGAUAUCAUACAGAUGAGGAACUUGACAAAUUAUUAAGUGUAUGCGGAAAAGUCGAAGAAUGGCUUAAUGAAAAAUUGGAGCUGCAAGGAAAAACACCACCUCAUGUUAAUCCCUCUUUGGUUACUAUUGAUAUUGAUAAAAAAUUAAAUGAAAUAGAACGCGAAUUUUUAAUUUUGGUUUCUAAGAAACCACCGAGGAAGCCUAAAAUCAUUGCAAAAACAACAGAUACCAAAACGACGAAGGUUGAUGAGCAAAGUACUAGUAGUGAAGGCAGUAGUACUACCGAGUUCGUUAGUCAAUCUACUGCCACACCAAUGACCGAAUCUAAAAAACCAGAGCAAUCGACAACAACAAAAACAAAACACGAAGAAUUAUAAAAAAGUUGGCAAUUAACUUUUAUUCUUGAGCAUUAUUUAUAAACUAUUCAUAUAGAAAUUUUUUAACAAUUAGAAUCAUCUCAUUUUUUUAUAAAAAAAAGAAAUAAUAAAAAAUUUUUAUAAUAAAUC